AAAAAUGGCUGAUCCAUUGUCGCUUCUACAAGAAUAUGCAAUGAACAAGAGGGAAUUAGGCGAAGUUAAACACAAUGGGAAGCUUUACUACGUUUUUGGCGAUAUCGCAUAUCCACACGAUGCAAAAACUAAUCUUGGUGUUUACAACAAACAAGACGAAUACUAUUCAAUAGAAUCAAUCCUGCUUUUUUGGAAUAUGCGUGAUUUACAACAUACAGCAUAUGUACGUGAUGUUUCUGGCAGAGGAAUUGCAUCUAUCACGAGAGCGCGAUCUUCUUGAUUUUCUCA